AUGGAGCGAAAGGUGAAUGUAGGCUUCAGUCGCAACAGCUGGUAACAAUAAAGCAAUGCAGCUCACUUAACCGGUGUCUGAAACGUCUGUUCAGCUUUCAUAGAAAAUUCCCCGUCUAGCAUAAACAUCGAGAUAGGGAAAAUUCUGGCAUAUGGUUCGUGCUCCCACUAAGUUUAAAAACAGUUUAAAACACAUUGGAAAGAAUGUGUCCAGAAUUUACAGUUCGUUUCGCAAUCUCAUGAGAUACUAUCAUAUCAAGGACAGUAUUUUAUUUAUUUAAUGAACAAUUAAAAACGUUAUUCCCAGGGAACGCCUUGGUUUUUUAGGUGUAGCCUACUAUGACCACCGCAAUAUAUCGAGGCUACUGGCAGCCUUUGUCUUUUCUGAUGAAUUUCAUUCAUUAGGAUUCAGACUUCUUUGGAAGACCAUUAAUCUAAACAUAGCAACAACAACAAAAAUGCAAUAUCAACCUUCAAAGCUCUUGUGUGAAGGAUACAAGUAGCCUACAGCAGGCAUGUUAUAGCUUGGAUAUGUUAUAACAGAAGGUUCCUUCCCAGUUGGUGGUUUAUAUAUCACUAAUCUAUUCUCAGUGGCACCUGCAAUCUUACAGCAACUAUGAGAGAGUUCAGUCAGAAUCGUGAUAUUAUUUUUAGGGAUCUUUUAUUCUACCAUGAACACCACAUCAUUACAGUCACAUUCUGUCUACAAUAUACAGACAAUAUAUUGUUGUUGACGGAAGUAAUCGAUACCACCUUGUGUUGCAAACAAUAGUUGUCAUGAAGUUGAUUUGAGUCUUUCACACAAACAAAUGUGCACUCCUGGCAGCACUGAAAUAUUGUGGCUGUUUUAAUUGUAGAGUGAUGAGAGUGAGUGAUAACACCAGCAGUAUAAUUCCAUGGGUAUCAAAUAAAUACAUAUGUUUUAUUGUCACAUACACCAGAUAGGUGCAGUGAAAUUUGUUAUUUUAUAGGGUCAGCCAUGGUAGUACGGCACCCCUGAAAUAAAAUAAAUCAAGUACCUUGCUCAAGGGCACGUCGACAGAUUCUUUAUCUUGUCAACUCGGGUAUUCGAACCAGCGACAUUUCGAUUACUGGCCACAUGCUCUAACCGCUAGGCUUCCUGCCGCCUAUAUAAGAUAAGGGCGUCGUUUAGCUGUGAACCAGUGGGGGGAUGCAGGGACGGGAUGGGCCCUACGGGACCUGUUGGACAUUAUUACAUUUACAUUUUAGUCAUUUAGCAGACGCUCUUAUCCAGAGCGACUUACAGUUUUAGUGAGUGCAAAACAUUUUCAUACUGGCCCUCCGUGGGAAUCGAACCCACAACCCUGGUGUUGCAAGCGCAAUGCUCUACCAACUGAGCUACACGAGGCCCAUUUUGAAGCUGUAAACUGGUUUGUUAGGCCUCAGGGGUCUAGUCUUCUCUCAGAUCUCAUAAAAGGAAACCAAUAAAUUAGGAAGGACCGGACAAAGCCGACUAGGGUGGAAGGAAGGAAUAGCGCUGUUUGGAAAUAAUUACUUUUUGGAUAACGAUCAUGGUUUUCAUUGCCAGAGGUUGUGUGAUAUGAUAGGAGUGUCCGUUUAGGUCUAAUGUGUCACUCCUGAAAAGGUUAUGUCCCCUGACCGGUACAGUAUGUUGUUAGAGGAAGUUACUAUCACCAUAAAUCCAACAUGUUAUUACAGAUAAUAAACAUAAGUAACCUCGAAUGUUAGGGUAACUGUCAUUACUUAGUGUUCUUACUGUAGAGUUCAGACCUAUGCUAGUUUGGUCUGGACUGUUACGCUGUCUAGUUUGGUCUGGACUGUUACGCUGUCUAGUUUGGUCUGGACUGUUACGCUGUCUAGUUUGGUCUGGACUGUUACGCUGUCUAGUUUGGUCUGGACUGUUACGCUGUCUAGUUUGGUCUGGACUGUUACGCUGUCUAGUUUGGUCUGGACUGUUACGCUGUCUAUUUUGGUCUGGACUGUUACGCUGUCUAGUUUGGUCUGGACUGUUACGCUGUCUAGUUUGGUCUGGACUGUUACGCUGUCUAGUUUGGUCUGGACUGUUACGCUGUCUAGUUUGGUCUGGACUGUUACGCUGUCUAGUUUGGUCUGGACUGUUACGCUGUCUAGUUUGGUCUGGACUGUUACGCUGUCUAGUUUGGUCUGGACUGUUACGCUGUCUAGUUUGGUCUGGAUUGUUACGCUGUCUAGUUUGGUCUGGACUGUUACCCUGUCUAGUUUGGUCUAGACUGUUACGCUGUCUAGUUUGGUCUGGACUGUUACGCUGUCUAGUUUGGUCUGGACUGUUACGCUGUCUAGUUUGGUCUGGACUGUUACGCUGUCUAGUUUGGUCUGGACUGUUACGCUGUCUAGAAAAUGAUACAUGUGAGAGUUGUUCAGCAGCCCAGUGCCAUAGAAACCACAUCAUCGCUAAAAGUCACACGUGUAUCAAGUGAGCGUUUGAGGUAUAGAGACAUAGUGGUAGAUCAUAACCAUCCAACAACAUUACUAUUGGCCCUCAAUAACUAACCAGUUGCAUGUAUUAAGAUUGAUGCACAAAACAGGCACGUUAUCUGAUCUAUAUCUGUGGUCUUUGGAAUGAGGACGCUAUGAUACUAGUCCAGAGUUAUUCUAUGUCCUUAGGACAGAGGGAGAAUAUUAAGGAGAUGAGUGUCAUUGAAUGAUUUAUCCCUUUAAACCAGAGAACAUGAGACAAACAGAUGACAUAGGUGACAUAGAUACACAGAGAAUGUUGCUGCUACUGCCCCAAAGCCAAACCGACUACCCAGAAACCGGACACCACUGACACUCAGUGCAACACACGCAUGCACACACACGCACGCACGCACUCACAGACACACAGACACACAGACACACAGACAGACAGACACACACACACACACACACACACACACACACACACACACACACACACACACACACACACACACACACACACACACACACACACACACACACACACACACACACACACACACAGCCAAACACACACACAGCAACAGACAAACAGCAACACACACACAGCAACAACACAUACCCAAGAGUCCACUGUUCCCAAGUCCCUUACUGAGCGUGUUUUAUCCUCUCCAGGCCUCAUCUCAGAGGGGAGCACGUCUGCCCCCUACUGAGUCCAAUACCCACUUCCUAAAGCAAGGGAAGCCUGUUCUGAACAGCCCGCUGGCCUCCUACCUCCAUUCAGACAGUGCCGACUAGCCCUGCAGACCCAUACAUUUGCUUUGAUUUGGGCAUGACACACACACACACACACACACACACACACACACACACACACACACACACACACACACACACACACACACACACACACACACACACACACACACACACACACACACACACACACACACAUACACACAUCCCUAGGCUGGCUGACAUUGAGUGGAGUAUACAUACAUACUAACACACACUUGUUCAAAUAAAUAUCUGCCAUGAGCACGAGGACAGCACAUCCUCCGGCCCUCUUCCUGGGUACUGAUUUACUCAAAAUAGAUGGUCGAUGUUGCAUACCCAAUUUCCAGAGUGCGGUGGAGCGUAAGUGUAACAUAAACACUGUCUCUGUUGCCCGUAGUCUGCAGCGGCAGAGGGCGGGGUGGGAUUCCUAGUGUGGUCAAGCACCCGCUCAAAUUGUCAUCCUUUGCCACAAGAAUGUGAGCACUCAUUUACUUUCCCCUGUUCAGCCUGUUGUGGCAGGUGCUGUUUCUCUCUCACAUCCCAGUAUCAUUAGGCUUACCAUUGGGGAAGUUAGCUGUGGUUUCAUUCUCAGGCUUAGACAAUACUGUACCUUGAGGGAAUAUUCUUUGUUGGGUGGUAUUUUCGAGAAGGGAAGGGAGUGAAAUUGUUCACUUAGUUGACCCCGGCUGAAGGGUUCACCUUGAGGAGUUUCAGCAGGAUGCUGUUAAACAAGCUAACUUCAUUCAUUUAAAUGCUACUUUUGGCCCAUAUAAAGGCAUUUUGUGGUCUUGUAAACUGCAUUCAAUGCAAGCCCUAAACUGACUCAAACAGGCAUUUGUUUUUAUUUAGUUCACAUGCUGCGGCAUAUACAGGAAGCCUACUCACAGCUAUGCUAUGUAUGGUGAAUUACCAAUCACUAAGGCAGGGGUUUCCAACCUAGGUAGCGCCCCCUCCCCCCCCAUAUGGGGCCCCAACGUUUCGUGGGACUUUCCUUGAUUUGAGGAUUAAACGUAUUUUUACAAUUCACGAUUUUACCAAUAUAAAACAAUGCAUUAAUCUGUGAUGCUUUAGGCUAGAAACAAACGGUGAAAUGCCAGAGGAAGACGCGACGUUGAUGCACAUGGGAAUAUCUUUGGUUUGUCUCUAUGACAUUCAGAAGCUGAGGUACGACCUUCUAAAGUCAAGGAGUCAAAGAAAUUGGUAUUUUCUUGGGAAGUAAUCUUAUACAAUGUGUGACUGUCGCUAUCAAUUGAUUGAAUCACUUUCUGUAAAAGAUAAUAUGUAUAAUUAAAUUGAGGGUGAUCGUUUUUAAAUGUGAAAAAGGGGUCCCUGGGGAAAAAUGUUUGGGAACCCCUGCACUAAGGCAUCACAAUGAGUGUUAAUAGGGUUGUUUAUUGCUGCGACAGCCUUAUGUGCCCUGUCCUCAGUUCAAGCUCCCAAAGGUAAUGUCCACCUAUUGUUUUCAGCCCCAUUAUUAAGAGAAAGUCUCAAUAUGCCUAAAACAACGUAACAAAGCAGAUUCAUUUGUAGCCUGCAAUAUACUCACUGCUUCUCCACAGUCUCCAGCGUUAAUGUCUAGGCUUUAGCUUAGCGGGCUAACACAGUUGUAGCGGGCGGAACACGCUGGUUCAAACCCCCAGUUGGUGUGUUUCCAAGAGGUUAUAGGCUACUCAACAGCCAGUCUCCAUGUAAACACUUCCCGCCAGCUCCCCUCCACUCCCCAGGCUGCUGGUUCAUGUGCGUGCUGCUGCUGGUAUCCCAGUGGUUUGUGUAAAGAUGCAGGGUGAUUACCAGCCAUUAAGAGUGACUGUGGGCUCAGGGCUGAUGUUGGCGUGGGGCUAGGCUGGCAGACAGUGGUGGCGGGCUUCUCAUUACAGAAGCCUUAAGCACUGAUUAGCCCUGACGCUAGGCUAGCUCACAGGCAGGAUACAGGCAGGCAGGGCGCAGGCAGGCAGGCAGGGCGCAGGCAGGCAGGCAGGGUGCAGGCAGGCAGGGUGCAGGAAGGCAGGCAGGUCGCAGGCAGGCAGGCAGGGCGCAGGCAGGCAGGCAGGGUGCAGGUAGGCAGGCAGGGUGUAGGCAGGCAGGGCGGGGAGCGUUCCCUGCCUGGGAUAGAGGGAUUUCCCAACAUCAGAGGAUAUCCUGUGGCCGCAGUCACACCUCAGAGGGUAUCACUUUACAGUGAGCCAAGAUAGGAUUCUCUCUCAGUGCUGGCUGCUUGGGGUUAGCUGUGAUCACAUGGAGUCUGGCUAGUGGUGAGAUCUCACCUGGUAUAUUUGGCACAGUAUUGUUUCAAGCUUGUCUUAUGAGUUAGAGUUUGCACUGUGUAGAGUUAGGUCAAUGUCCUCCCAGAAAGCAUCUGGUGGAAGGAGUGCUAUGCCCAUAGCCACCACAGGGGGGAGCAGCCGCUUUCUGGAGCCCAGGAUGUGUCUCAUUCAGCACCUUUUAACCCCUUUGUGUAACCUUAGGAGAGUUGGAAAUGAGAUGUGAAAACAGCCAAAUCUAAAGGCACCAGACACUGUGUAAGUACAAAUUCAGGAAAAAAUGUGUUCCAUGUAUGCAUAGUUGUGGUCAAAAUAAAUGUCAAGUACAAAAUGCUGACUUUGAUCAACUUGGAUGUCCGAUGUCAUUCAACUCAGCUCACUCACAGCAGGGCCUUGCUGUAUUGUGCUGUAAAAAUAAGAAUUAAUUUCACUUAAUUGCUCCUUGAAUAGCAGGUUAAGGCAGUCUGUCAUGGAAAUGGUUCCUCUACCAAAUGUUGCCUGUUGGAGUUAUUUUUCGAGUUUAGUCAUUUGGAGGUUUACAUACUCACACACCUUUGUUGUGAAGGUUUUAGUCGAUGUUGUCUGCAGUGGCCUGGGUAGUGGAUAGUCUGGAUACACUCUGUACAGUAUAAUGAUAUGGUUCUACUGUAUAUGUUGAAGAUUACAUGGUGUUAUUGCAUUUGGAAAGGUCUUUAAAAUGUGUGUUGGCCCACUCACAUCCGAAGGGCUUAAGGUUCUGGUAUCGUCAGCAUGCCGAGCCCGACCACAGUUAAGAAAUAUUGUCUUUUAAAAGGAGGGAGCGGCUCCUGCUCCUAUCCAGCCUUUACCAGUCAGCUGUGUACUUCAUGGCUGGGUAGUCUGCAGAUAUGGAACGGAAACAAAUUCUCAUUGGUAAGAGAAGGUAUACAGAGUUAGACACAUGAUGUUCUUUACAGAUGGGACUCGGGACAUAGCCUCGACAAGGGUAAUUUGCAAAACAGGAAAACCAAUAUAGAAUCAUGAUGCUUUUAGUGGUCUGGGAUUGAUGAUCUGACGUUAAUUAGCGGGAUUGCCAUGUCAUAUGUUUUCCGUCCUUAACCACAGGACAAUUUCUGUGGGAGAACGCCUGUGUGUGUGUGUGUCUCUGUGUGUGUGUGUCUCUGUGUGUGUGUGUGGCCCUUGUCUCCAGCCAAGAUUAGCCAGAUUGACAAAUGCUUGCUUUGGAUUCUGGCUUCGAAAGGUAAUCUGUUCUACUCUUCUUGCCUCAUUUUCAGGUCGUGAUGGGUUCAAGGAGGUCGUAUGCAGUUACAUGCAGUCUUGCCUUGCAGGCAGGUAGCACAAAGCAGCACAGGUUACCCCAUGUUGUCUAUGAUCCAGUACAGUAUGUUCAAUAACUGGAAGUCCUUGAGAAAUGAAUCUACAUGUAGAAUCUAGAGUUAAGGUCUCGGAAUGUUUAGCAAAAACCAAAGUCAGAAUCAUGAAGUAAAUUAAUAUUUUAUUGGGUGAUUAAGUCUCAGUGUAUGAUGAUUCUUACCCAUAUGGAACACCAUAAUAAUCUCAUUAUGACUAGAUUGAAUCCAGGUGGAUGUACUGUAUGUAAGGUGAGCCAAAAUUACAUAUCUUCCAGUUGUGACUAAGAGUUAGUACCUUGAUGUUAUAACCAGUGUGUAGCUACAGGACAGUAGUUUAUCAUCUUGAUUCAUUCAUGUUGCUACUUAAGACUGCAGUGCAAACAAUAUACUGUACCACUUCCACCCUUACUGAGUAUUGAAUUUAGCUUUUGCUGGCUUUUCAGUAAUUAUAUUUGAAUUCCCUGAGAGAGAGAGAAGGAAGGAAACCUUGUAAUCUCUCAGUAGCAACUGUAAAUAACCGUUAAUAACGACUAAACUUAGCCAGUCUUUCAGUUGCUGAUGCAUGGUUGAAAACAGCUACUGUUUUUUUGAUAGUGGUUUUACUUUACAUGCUUGGAUUACCCCUGGGAUGUGAAGUGCUCACUGUACAGUAAGAAUAAAUUAAUAAAUGUGUGUGUUACAAAUCUAUAAUCUGCAUAACCAAUUACUCAUUGUACAGAGUAUUAUCGAAAAGUACACUUUAAAAUACACUGGUUCCCUUUCUUUCUUACCAAAUAGUGGUGGUCUGAUUCUCGUGUGAGCGUGUGUGUGUGAAUGGUAUAUGAAUGCGGUGGGUGUGUAUGAAUGUGUGCCGUGGCUGAACUUGUUUGGUGCGUCGGUCGGUCGGUGUGCUGGUACAGGGGUGCUCUGCGCUGCUCUGUGCCAUGGCGUAUGCUAGAACAGGGGAGUCAUGUGGACACUGUUGUGGCGUGCCCAAUCUGUGCCAGUCACACAGUGACUACAACUGAGCCGCUGACCCUAGGAGCCUUGAGUUCUCACAUUGCAGUUAAACCUCUUACCAAGCUCCAUGGUCUCAUUCCCCAACCAACCCCAUAUUCAGACAGUACAGACCGCUCCACGGCUACAGAGCCAAUAGUUCAGAUCAGGGUAGCAUUUUGAAUAAAAGAUUGGGAAAUAAUAAUCUGCAGAUGUCUAGAAAAUGGUGAUGUAUUUCAUUUUCUGGAUUAAAAACUAUAGUUUAGGUUCAUAAUGACUCUGGUAGGGGGGAGUGUCCUGACUGCUGUAGAGUAGGGCAAUAGGGGGACAGGAAGGCCAGAGCAGUGCAGAGCUACGCCCUGUUGAGAAUGGAGAUGUCCUCCUUUUGCCAGCCUUAAUGACACUGUUUCCAUUUCACUUGUAAUUUAUGCCAGAUAUGGGGGAAAGAGUAAAAGGUUAUUGAGGAGGUAAAGCUAAGAUCAGCCAUUGGUUGAGAGAGAACUGAGUUAUAUGGCUAUUGCUUCUAAAGCCCUGAGAUUGAUACUGUACAGUUACAGGACACAUAACAGAUCAUCUCUAUAAUAAUAAUAAUAAGCCAUUUAGCAGACGCUUUUAUCCAAAGUGACUUACAGUCAUGCGUGCAUACAUUAUAUAUAUUUUUUUGUGUAUGGGUGGUCCUGGGGAUUGAACCUACUACCUUGGCGUUACAAGCACCGUGCUCUACCAGCUGAGCUACAGAGGACCAUCUCUGUGCCAAAACAGACCAAUAUAACUUCACAUUUCAGUAAGUCAUUAUCGUUUAAAUAAUGAACCUUCCCGAAUGGGGAGAAUAUGAUGCCUAGUCUGUUAACGCUACAAAGUAUUGUUCACUAAGUCGUAGAGGGGGUGAGGGAGGGAUGGAGGGGAUCGGGGGAAGUCCCCUAUCUUCAACUGCUGACCUAUACAGGAUGUGACCAAGCAUGAUGUCAUCUCUGUCCCUCUAGCCACUUUCCCAAAUGGGACAUGUCAGAACUGUGACUCAACUUGGGCAUAAUGAUGCAAAGUAUGAUGACAACCAUUACAAAGUAAUGUUCAUUGGUCAUCUAACCCAGUACAGAUCAAAUGUGGACCUAAACAUUUUCAAUGACUUGGAUGCCACAGUCGGAAUGUUGUUUUUUCUCUCUUUCACUCAAGCUUCAGUUCAGUCAGUAGUAGUACAUAGCCUAGGCAGCAGCCUUGGAUUCAGGCCGGGCCAGAGGGAGAAUACCACACUGACAUUCCUACUACCUCUGGCAGGGCCUGGCCCGUGAGAUACCGGAUGGGACGAAGGUUUGGGCCCUCCAGAGGUCACACCCAGCCCAGAUUUUCUUUUAAAAAAUUCCCCUGUUAUCUUUACAAUAGCCUGGCUACCACCAUAGGGUUGGAUCACAUUUAGACUUUUCUGAGGUGAGCAUGGUGGUUUGUCCCUAACAGACAGGGGAUUAGGUAAACUACCCCAGGGGGCUUGUAUUUACAACGACUGUUAAUAUGGGACCUGUUGUGUCUGCUUGCCUUGCUCACUGUCUGUCUGGCUGUCUGUCUGGCUGGCUGGCUGGAUGCCGUUGUUUUGGGUUAUCUUUAGUAAGACAGCUGGCUGGUUCGUUUUCUCUGGGAACAGACUUUGUUUUGAGCCAACAGCUGGAGGGAAUGAUUGGCAUUCGUUUAGAGUAAAUUGGCCUGUGGGGGUAGGUAUGGGUGAGGAGGGCGAGAGAAGAGGGGAGAGCAACCCCUUGAGAGGGGGAGCGAGGGAUAGGAGAGGGAAAGCAGAGGGAGAUGCAGAGGGAAAGGGGGGAAGAGGAGGGGGAGAGGGGAGACAGGUAAGGAGAGAGGGGAGACAGGGGAGACAGGGAAGGAGAGAGGGGAGACAGGGAAGGAGAGAGGGGAGACAGGUAAGGAUAGAGGGGAGACAGGUAAGGAGAGAGAGGAGACAGGUAAGGAGAGCGGGGAGACAGGUAAGGAGAGAGGGGAGACAGGUAAGGAGAGAGAGGAGACAGGUAGGAGAGAGGGGAGACGUAGAGGGUGAGACAGUAGGAGAGGGAGACGUAAGAGAAGAGACAGGUAAGGAGAGAGGGGAGACAGGUAAGGAGAGAGAGGAGACAGGUAAGAGAGGAGAGUGAAGGAGACAGGUAAGGAAGAGAGGAACAGGUAAGGAGAGAGGGGAGACAGGUAAGGAGAGAGGGGAGACAGGUAAGGAGAGAGGGGAGACAGAGGAGGAGAGAGAGGAGACAGGUAAGGAGAGAGGAGGCAGGUAAGGAGAGAGAGGGAGACAGGUAAGAGAGAGGGGAGACAGGUAAGGAGAGAGGGGAGACAGGUAGGAGAAGGGAGGGAGAGAGGAGGUAAGGAGAGAGGGAGAAGGUAAGGAGAGAGGGGAGACAGAUAAGGAGAGAGGGGAGACAGGAAGGAGGAGAGGGAGAGGAGACAGGUAAGGAGAGGGGAGGCAGGUAAGGAGAGAGAGGAGACAGGGAAGGAGAGAGGGGAGACAGGUAAGGAGAGAGAGGAGACAGGUUAGGAGAGAGAGAGAGGAGACAGGUAAGGAGAGAAGGGAGACAGGUACGGAGAGAGGGGAGACAGGUAAGGAGAGAGGGGAGACAUGUAAGGAGAGAGGGGAGACAGGUUAGGAGAGAGAGGAGACAGGUAAGGAGAGAGGGGAGACAGGGAGGGAGAGAGAGGAGACAGGUAAGGAGAGAGGGGAGACAGGUAAGGAGAGAAUGGGAGGGAGUUGACCUUAGAGACACCAGACCACACAACCAGCAAGUUGAGACUGAUUGAUAAACUGUAGUUUCAAGUUGAGACUGAUUGAUAAACUGUAGUUUCAAGUUGAGACUGAUUGAGAAACUGUAGUUUCUCGCUUUUCUGUUUGGGAGGGUUCAGCCAGGGUUGACUCUUUAAGGUGUUGACUUUAGGUAGCAACACACACAGACACACAAGUGCUGUGCACAUGCAAGCGCAGGUGCGUGACGCACACAUACACACACAAGUAUGUACACAUACACACACACACACACACACACACACACACACACACACACACACACACACACACCACACACACACACACACACACACACACACACACACACACACACACACACACACACACACACACACACACGCACACGCACUCACAGCACCUGUUGGCAAGUGGGGUGGAGAUGGUAUAAGGGUACAUACUAGCUGCACAUUUGUCUAACCUUCAGUAGCCUCUGUUUGAUAUACACUGAGUAUACCAUACAUUAGGAACACCUUCCUAAUAUUGAGUAGCUCACAAGGCCCUUUAAUGAUGUGAGGCUUGAGGCAAUUGCCUCUUCUGUCUAAUGAUAAGUCCGCUAGUGUGUGCAACCAGAAUAACCAUUGACGAAAGACAAUGGGGAUUGUGAUACUGUAGCCUAAGUUUUCAGCCAAGUGUAAUAUGUAAUGUCCCAAAUGUCCAUUGGAACUCACAAAACCACCAAUGGUUUGCAGUCUGGAAAAGCACAGAUCUGAUUGGAGUAGGGUGGUCAGUUAUCGUUUUUCUCUAUCAGCAUCACUGGAUGUCAAUCAAAGCCAAUGUAGUCUGACACUGUUAAUGAACAAUCUGGAGAUCUAAAAAGCAAUAGUCAUGGUUGUCGUCUUAAGUUCAUCACUCCCUCAUUAUGUAGUUCACAACAGCAAGAGCAUAUUUGUUACAGAGCAAUCCGUUAGUUGCACUGCAGCUCUCUCUGUCACAACAUGUGUUUUUAUUAGUCCCCUGUAACUGCAGAUUUUGUACUGAGUUGCCUUUUUGACAUACUGAUAUUAUGAAGUGUAAAUGACACGCCAGCAUCUAUGCAUGUUUGCAUAUGUUUAUAAAGAAUGAGUCAUUGCAUACUCAUCACAUACUCAUUAAGAUGAUCAAUAUUAGGCCAAAGGUUAUGUGAUAUCAAGGUUAUUAUCAAGCUGCCAAUAUUUGAUUAUGUUAAAUGUUCUUGUACUACGCCUUCACAUGUAACCCUUAAUAACCCUUCAUAAACCCUUUAUAAACCCCAGAUGAAGAGCGACAUUAACAGCCAUAUUAUAAAGCAGUGCAGCAGCAGUGCAGGCCAGGGUCGUGGUAGGGGCUCUGACACGAAGCCAGAAGGGUGAUGAAGGCAAAGUUUAGUCUGAAUAAAUGAUUUCCUCCAGGGAUCCAGGGCUGUGUGAGUACACACACACACACACACACACACACACACACACACGCACACACACACACACACACAGCGUAAUGAGUCGUUUUCACUCAGCCAUCAUUGGAAAAUGUAUAUCAAGUAAAUGUCACGGGCAAUGGGACGCGUUGACAGGUGAAGAGAAAGACCUAAACAAACUCCACCAGUGAAAGGUGCAGGCAGGGAGGAAGAAGGCAAAGCGACGAGGGAGAUUAGCCUUGUUUGAAGCCUCGGUCGACGAUGUCUGUGUGUGAGUGAGGAGUGCAUGAGUGAGUGAAUGAGUGAGUGUUAGGAAAAAGCAAAGCUGAGCAAACAGCAGUAAGAAUCCCACCUCACGUAGGAUAAUAGUGAACUUUAUUAUUUUUCUGUUGGUGUUAUGUUCCAUGUGUGUUGCUGUGCCAACACCUCAAAGGAGAAACAGCCUCUGAAAACAGUUCAUGAUAGAAAAACAAGGGUCUACAUGCUCUUACAUUCUAAUGUGUAAGACCUAAACCUAGCAGCAGUAGCUCGCUACACUGCUAACUAUACUCCCUUUAGUUCAUAUACCUUACAUUGUUAACAUGUACAGUCGUGGUCAAAAGAGAAUGACACAAAUACUAAUUUUCACAAAGUCUGCUGCCUCAGUUUUGAUGAUGGCAAUUUGCAUAUACUCCAGAAUGUCAUGAAGAGUGAUCAGAUGAAUUGCAAUUAAGUCCCUCUUUGCCAUGAAAAUGAACUUAAUCCCCAAAAAACAUUUCCACUGCAUUUCAGCCCUGCCACAAAAGGACCAGCUGCCAUCAUGUCAAUGAUUCUCUCGUUAACACAGGUGAGAGUGUUGACGAGGACAAGGCUGGAGAUCACUCUGUCAUGCUGAUUGAGUUAGAAUAACAGACUGGAAGCUUUAAAAGGAGGGUGGUGCUUGAAAUCAUUGUGCUUCCUCUGUUAACCAUGGUUACCUGCAAGGAAACAUGUGCCGUCAUCAUUGCUUUGCACAAAAAGGACUUCACAGGCAAGGAUAUUGCUGCUAGUAAGAUUACACCUAAAUCAACCAUUUAUCGGAUCAUCAUGAACUUCAAGGAGAGAGGUUCAAUUGUUGUGAAGAAGGCGUCAGGGCGCCCAAGAAAGUCCAGCAAGUGCGAGUGCAUCUGCACACACAGUGAGGCGAAGACUUUUGGAGGAUGGCCUGGUGUCAAGAAGGGCAGCAAAGAAGCCACUUCUCUCCAGGAAAAACAUCAGGGACAGACUGAUAUUCUGCAAAAGGUACAGGGAUUGGACUGCUGAAGACUGGGGUAAAGUCAUUUUCUCUGAUGAAUCCCCUUUCCGAUUGUUUGGGGAAAACACCUUGUCCGGAGAAGACAAGGUGAACGCUACCAUCAGUCCUGUGUCAUGCCAACAGUAAAGGAUCCUGAGACCAUUCAUGUGUGGGGUUGCUUCUCAGCCAAGAAAGUGGGCUCACUCACAAUUUUGCCUAAGAACACAGCCAUGAAUAAAGAAUGGUACCAACACAUCCUCCAAGAGCAACUUCUCCCAACGAUCCAAGAACAGUUUGGUGAUGACCAUUGCCUUUUCCAGCAUGAUGGAGCACCUUGCCAUAAGGCAAAAGUGAUAACUAAGUGGCUCGGGGAACAAAACAUUGAAAUUUUGUGUCCAUGGCCAGGAAACUCCCCAGACCUUAAUCCCAUUGAGAACUUGGUUGAUCUUCAAGAGGCGGGUGGACAAACAAAACCCCACAAAUUCUGACAAACACCAAGCAUUGAUUAUGCAAGAAUGAGCUGCCAUCAGUCAGGAUGGGCGGCAGGUAGCUUAGUGGUUAAGAGCGUUGUGCCAGUAACCGAAAGGUCGCUGGUUCUAAUCCCCGAGCCGACUAUGUGAAAAAUCUGUCGCUGUGCCCUUGAGCAAGGCACUUAACCCUAAUUGCUCCUGUAAGUCGCUCUGGAUAAGAGCGUCUGCUAAAUGACCAAAAAAAAAAAAAUGGAUGUGUCCCAGAAGUUAAUUGACAGCAUGCCAGGGCGGAUUGCAGAGGUCUUGAAAAAGAAGGGUCAACACUGCAAAUAUUGACUCUUUGCAUAAACUUAAUGUAAUUGUCAAUAAAUGCCUUUGACACUUAUGGAAUGCUUGUAAUUAUACUUCAGUAUACCAUAGUAACAUCUAACAAAAAUAUCUCAUAACACUGAAGCAGCGAACUUUGUGAAGACCAAUACUUGUGUCAUUCUCAAAACUUUUGACCACGACUGUACUCACUGUAGUUUUCACAUGUUUCAGGACCAUAGAUAUUGAGACAUUGUGGUUGGGCAGGGCUUUCCAUCAUUCCUACUCAGAACCAGUGAGCUCCUGUGUUCCUGGAAACAGAAUAAUGACUUUAAGACCAAAGAUCUUGCAAGAUCAGUUUCUGGAAUGCUACUGUACGGGCACAAUACUCUCCUUUCGACUCCAUCCUUUGUUCUAAGUGAGUUGAAUGAGUUCGCUCUGCAGAAGUCAACAGUGCUCCUUUUGAGUGUGUGACACUGGCUCUGCAAAACUUAGCAUAGUCUGAGUGAGUGUGUGACAUUGGGUUUCUUUUGACUCACAUUAUGGAGGUAAACUGAUCUUUAAACUGAUCUUUAGCUAGUUAUUCUGUACGGUUUUGGGUUCUCCUUCUUCGUCUAACACCUCUUCAAAUGUGCUUGUUAGGCAACAUGCAGGAGCACAAUUCACCAAAGUACUAUGACCACCAUUGUGCAUGUUGAGGAUAGCUCUAAGAAGUAAAAUUAUAAUUUCCAUCAGUGUUUUAAAACCUAAUACCGAUAGCCUCCCCUCAGCUCCUCCUGUAGAUAUCAGAAAUCCUUUAGAAUAGGGGGGAACUGGAAUUAAAGCACAUCUGUGAUAGCAUUUGACUGCCACAGAGCGGAAACAUGCACAAGACGACCCACAGUAGCUUCUUCUCGCGAGACCUGAAGAAGUGUUUCUCAAAUCUCCUCCUCCUAUCCGCACUUUGCCUCCCAGCCUUCUUGGUAACUGGAUAAAAAUAUGCUUUUGUGUGGAAGUCAGCUAAGCAGGCAGAGCAGUAGCCCAAAGGAUUAGUGUUGUCUCUUGCCUCCUUCCAGCUUCAGAAUGUCUUUGUGUCUCAGACAGACACACAGACAGACGGACAGACGGACGGACAGACGUCACAGUACACAGACACUUUUGAGGAAUGGCAUUUUAUUUGACUCUUGUCUUGGAUAGCCUCAGGGCCAGGCAGGCAGCCAGCCAGGCCUCUGUGCUCUAUGGAGAGUUAACACUGAGGAGACUGUGAUAGUGACAGUAAUGGUUGAGGCUCCUGAUGUGUGUCAUGUCCACUAAGGAAUGUAACAUGUCAUGGUGAUAGGAUUUAGAUAAUUCUGACAACGUUUUUGUCUGUGGAGUUUCACCACUGUUGUUAUUGGUAAUAAUGGCACACCCAUGUAUAGUUUAGCGCAACCGGCAGCAAACUAUCUAGAGUUAUGCCAUGAGCAACCAUUGUGCCUAACAUAAUUGAAUUGCUGUGUACGGUACAUUACAAAGGGUAUAACUCAGCAUCCGGUUGCUGUUUCUUUUGCUCUUACAGACUUCAGGAGCGUGAUGCUUACAUCUGUCAAAUCUCUAGGAAUGUUUAAAUAAUAGUUUUAAAAACAGGUGCUUAAUUUACUGAGACUGCCAAGCUUCAUGAAUAAUCUGUUCCACUUUGUAUCUCCUGGGUAACAUCACUUAUUUUAUUCAUCCAGCGAUAUCUAAGUUCAGUAAAGUUUGUAUAUUAUUAUAUUUGUAUAUUAUUACAUUUCAGGCAUAUAUCUUAGGGCUUGUUGAGUGAUGGCUGGAGUUUGGCUCUCCUGAUGGCAUGUAGAAAUUAAUUAUGCAGGUUCUCUAAAUGGUGUUGCCAUCAUUCAAAUAUUGAGCCUCAGCCCACAGCAGAAGUGUUGUGGAAAUGUUGUCAAUCACGAUGACAACCGUUUAUUAACUGGUACAUUUUGCUCUUGAGUUCUUUAUUUUUCUCCUCACUGUGUUGCAGACGUAGUGGAUACACAUAUUAUCAAAAUAAAUAACAAUUAAGAUGAAUAAAGAUAGCAUUUGUAUGUCUGGAGUAUCUCUAUACGUACAGUAUAUACUGAGGCACAGUCAGGCCAGACUAUCCUACAAUGUACUUAAGCUCUUUUACUCCCUAAAGGAGAACAAUUUCUGUCAAGACACAGCUUGCCAGGUUUCCAUUAGAAAAAUCCUUAGAUGUCAGACAAGUUAGGAAAGGCAAACAUGUUUUGAAAAAAAUAAGAGAUAGGAGCCAUUUGACCUGAUCUGAGUACACAAAUUCCAAAACCUGCCCUUAACCCCACUAGACUGUUGAGAUCAUAUUCUUCAUAUGGGGCAUGCCAUGUACAUAGUAGAUAAUGAAAGCACUGUAAAGUAUUCAACAGAAAAUGUAUAUAAUAACAUACCAUUGUAAGCUAACAUAAGCUAAACAUAAUAGGAUAUUGGUAUGCAGUAUGACUUUGUGGCCAUAUAGAGGCACCACUCUAGGUUUUGUUUGUCAUGAUUUUAGACUCCAGGGAAAACACUUCACAAUCAGUUAUUAUCAGUUCUGAAAGUUUUCUCUCUCUCUCUGUGUAACAUGACCUCUGUGACCUCUUCAUUGAGGCCGUUUGGCUCUGAAUGGUGACAGAAGACAAAUGAGGUCAUAAAGUGAACAUGUAGCACCAUUGACUGGAGGAGUACACAGGCAGAAGUACCCAGUAACUCUCUUGAGAUACAGACUGUGAAUCAAUCAGUGUUCACAUUCGCUGCAACACGGCCUAUGCCUGGGACAUCUGGAAGGAAUCUCUAUGGCUGUGAUUUGGUUAAUAGUUGUACCCAAAUGACUCAUGGGCUGGAAAUGGAAUUGAAUAGGUUUCUGGUUCAUUGGCAUCAGUAACACGCUAGCUAAAUGCUAAUAGUGGUUGGCUGACUGGCUGUGUCUUGCUCACUCUCUCAUUAGCUUGUGUCCUACUAUUACAGAACAGGGCUGAAUCUUUCCUCACUGAAGAGUUAUUGUACGGUUCACUUGUCAUAGUUACUCAUUAGACUAGCUAUCGCGACCUGUUCUGCCCAUGUGACUGGUGAUGUCUGCAUGGGCCUCUCAUUGUGCACGGUGUAAUCAGAGCAUUGUUUUGUGAAUGAGAUCAGAACUGUGUCAUCCAAAUCUGACACACCAGAUUCACUUGAACAUGACAAGUAAACUCCGCUUUUUGUCUGGUGACAUGCUAAAGCCAUUAGAUAAAAUAAACCUGUUUUAUUAAGAUUGAUGGAAGGGAAGUUCACUGAAGGCCUAAAGCUAAAUGCCAACAUUUUGAUGGCGGAGGCCAGAGACAGGUCACCGUAUGGCACUGAGCAGAGCACUGAAGUUAUAUUGAGGAGACAGGAAGAAAAACAACCUCUCCUUGUCACCUCCAGAGUAAAUCUAAUAUGUUUAUCCCUUAUUGAUGGCUGUUGUCAGGACAACCCCAGAUUGUUUUCAAAUAUAGCAGAUGUCAAUAUUAGCAGGGAAACGUUGACAUUUAAAAGGCAUCAAACUCUUUCAGUAAUGGCAUAUUAUGUGCCCGGGUCCGUUGUAGGAGUCUGUUUGUGAAUUCUUCUGUAAAUCCAUGUAUUCUUCUCUUUCACUUUAAUGGUGUAAAAGUGGCUCUGAAAUUGCACAUAAUGAACAUCUACCCUGCCAAUCCUGUCAGAUGGUGUGACCAAAAUGGUCACAGGCUGACAGUCAUGUCCCCUGCGUCUGUUUGUGAAAGUAAUGCUCUGCUUUGCCUAUCCGUCACAACCUCAGAACGCUGGUCAGUCAGGGAGGGUUUUGCCAGCUAUGCGGCAGACCCCGUGAUAGCUUGUGUGUUUUAUAUACACUUCCUUUAAAUAAACUGACGAAAGGAGUGCAACUCUACCACAUGUUCUCCUAUACCGUGUUUAGAAACUAAGCUUAGCCUCAUUAUAUUUCAAAUGAAUUGCAGCUCUAGGGUCCUGAAUACUGGAAGUUUGUAUGGGGAUUCUAUAAUGAGAGUGUAAAGCCUGCUGUGUGAUCAUGUUUAAAUCUAUACACCGCUGGUCGCCGUGAGUGACAGUCAGUAGUCCCCAGGAUAUGGUAGGUCUCCAUUGGUUGGCUACUGUUUAGCAUGCCUGUGGUGUGACGGUCAAAUUGACUGUGUGGGACCAUUGUUUUAAAUAUGUCAUAUCAUGUCCUUUAACCACCCUGUAUCAAUCUAGCUAGCUAGCCAGCGAUGUUAUGACUAGAGUCCUUAUUGGUAGCUACACUAAAAGAGACAAAUCAGCACAGAACGUUCUUCAGCUGCUGAGAACGUGCUAUAUACACAGACAUGGUGAAUGUUGAUUUCAAUCUCCAGAAAACGUUGCAUUCCCCGGAACAUUAACCAUUGAACUCGAUUGCAACCUUCAAAAAAUGGCAGCCGAAUUCCCUCGAACAUUAACCAGCUCUGACUUAGACCAUAAAGGUCAGCCUUCUGUAUUUGGGACUUAGCAUACCAUUUUCCUGACAUUUCCAGUCCACUGUACUGACUGAGUGUUCCGAUAGUUGAUUUUUCAUUCUCCGUACCCCAAAAACGGUGUGUUACAGUACAUCUCCCCAGAUUGCCAGGUAAUGCCUGUAAUAAACUUGAGGAAGGCCCUUGGGUCGAAGCGUUGCUAGCAGGAGCACAGCAGGAGCACAGCAGGAGCACAGCAGGAGCACAGCAGGAGCACAGCAGGAGCACAGCAGGAGCACAGCAGGAGCAUCUGACAGUAUCUAACGGGCAUCUCUCUCUGUCUCCCCAGACUGACAGGUAAUGAACCGCUGUCCAUCCUACCGCUGAGCUCCCAACCCGAGGAGAACGUGGGUAGGGCCCACUACAAGCUGUGCGACCGGCUCAAACUGGAGAAAAAGCAGCGGCGGAUGUGUCGACGAGACCCGGGUGUGGCCGAGACCCUCAUGGAGGCCAUCAGCAUGAGUGCCCUGGAGUGCCAGUACCAGUUCCGCUUCGAGAGGUGGAACUGCACCUUAGAGGGCCGCUACAGAGCCAACAUUUUAAAGAGAGGUAGGGAAAGAAAAGCUUCUCAACUUCAUAUAAAAAUAUGCCAUUUAGCAGACACUUUUAUCCAAAGCGACUUACAGUCACGCGUGCAUACAUUUUUACGUAUGGGUGGUCCCGGGGAUCGAACCCACUACCCUGGCAUUACAAGCGCCAUGCUCUACCAAUUGAGCUACAGAGGACCACAUGUAAAAUGUUCUGAGUUAGACUUUUUCAGCUUGCAGAUAACUCAUUUCUGACUUUCAUGGGUGGAGGGGGAGAGACAUUUUUGCAAUUUAUGCUGCCAUCAUUGAAUGGUAUAACAUUGAAUGGCCAUAGUAGAUAGUACAGUAGAGAGUAUUUGUUUUGUGAUGGCAACUUUCAAUGGCUCAUUUUAAGUGUCCAGUAGGAAGUUGGUAGCUUAUAACUGAUAUCUGAUUCUUCCCCUUGCUCCACAUCUCUCCAGGUUUUAAGGAGACAGCCUUCCUGUAUGCCAUCUCCUCAGCAGGCUUGACUCACGCCAUGGCCAAGGCAUGCAGUGCCGGGCGAAUGGAGCGUUGCACCUGCGACGAAGCCCCAGACCUGGAGAACCGCAAGGCCUGGCAGUGGGGCGGCUGUGGAGACAACCUGAAGUACAGCAACAAGUUUGUCAAGGACUUCCUGGGCAAACGCUCCAACAAGGACCUGCGUGCCCGCGUGGACAUGCACAACACUAACGUGGGCAUGAAGGUGAGUGUGGAAUGGAGCCAUGUUGGACGAUGCAGUACAUUUGAUCUUGUUGAUUUGUGUGAUGGGACCACAACUCACAAUUCGUCACAACUGUUGCUGUAAAAAGGACUAUAUGAAUAUUUGAUGGUUAAUUGACUGAUUGACUGAUUAAUUGAGUGAUUUAGUUAUUGAUUGAUAGUGGAGUUUGAUAUAUCUAGGCCUGAGUUCUAUGGGCGUAUUCUAGGGUGAAUAUAUUCUCCUACAUACACAUCUCUAUAUAAUGUUGGGUUGUUAAAUUAUUGUUCUCUAAGUUGACAUCAGUCUAAAGUCACAGCAAAAUGACCAGAACCAGUGAAAAUGACCAGAACCAGUGAAAAUGACCAGAACCAGUGAAAAUGACCAGAUAGGAAUUUAAUGUGACCACGAGAAGAAUAACAAUGACAGGGUUUUUACGGCUACAUUCCAGUGGUCGACAGAGAACCGUUUACCCACAUGCUGUGGUUAUUAAACAAAACUAUAGAUUCUAAAGCAUCCCACUUAAUAGGAAGAUAAAAGGCCAGCCUAAAUCACUUAAAUUGACUGCUAAAUUCAGUCAAAUAAGAGGCCUCUCGUUAAUCAACCUUUGGUUCUCCCUCUCAAAUUAGAGAGAUAAUAGCCUUAAUUUGUGCCUUGGCGAGAGUAGACAAUUGUUUGUGGUGAGGGAAUGAGGGUUUGGUUUUUCAGCUUGGAUGUGAUUUUAAUAGUAAAAACAAAAAGAAGAGAGAAUGGUUUUAAAUUGUCAAGCCAAAGCAAACUCAAGGUCCUGGCAUCCGCUAGCUUUACUCAGAUUUUCUCAUAUUGUAGCCAUUUUCAUUUUAGUAUUAAUAUAAAUGAUAGCAGAAGCACACUUCCCCAAAUGUUAUCAGACACAAAGCUCUCCCCGAAGACCAAUGGUGUGUUCUUCCUCUUCAGCUUGGCUCUCCAAAUCCAUUCUCUCAGGAGAUUUUAUUUGUGAUAAAAGAUUUACAAGCUGUUUUCGUUCAGGUUUUUUCUUAUUUGCACAUGUAGUGAGGUGUACCACGUCCCAUAUGGAGCACAAAUCUUGGAAUGUGCUAGGCUAUGCAUCCCUAGAACAUUUCGAAGCUGACAUUUCAAAUUUUCCUGAACUGAACUGCAAGUGUGGCGAAUAUGCAGCACUUCUUUCUUAUCCCCGAAGCAGUUUCCCAGUGUGUGAGAAAAUAACCGGAGAGAGUCUGUCCAGUCCAAGCCUCCUUUGGAGAAUAUGCAUUAUGGAUUUUCACAAAACUUUUUUAUGUUGUGGUCAGUCGAUGCUGACUGAGCUGUACACAAAUGAAUCGUUGCCUGCCACAGAGAGUUCAAGCAAUGUCGCAACGUGUGCUAUUUACUGUUGUGCUGUAUUUGACCAAACAACAACCCGUUCACCACCCGAAAAUGUUAGUUUGUCGAACAUUAACGGUCAGAAGUGGUCUCUCAAGUUCAACUGAGUCCAUAUUCCAUGCCAUCUGUUGAAUAGAUCCUGUUAUAUGCAUUAUGAGAAAUCUUCAGGUCUCAACAUAUUUGACGUAAAAUGGAUUUGUUUAGCUUUCCACUUAUUAGCCUAACUGUAGUAUUAUGAAGUUGGCCUGGUGAAAGAGAUGGACCUUAGGGUUUUUUGUCUCCCACAUACCUUAAAACAACCCAAGAACAGGGGCCAGGGUCUGGGUAUCCUGUCUCCUUCUUUCCCGUGGCUGUGGAACUCAAUGGAUCUUUUCUUCAGAAAAAGUGCCUCCACUUACUACUAGUAAUAACCAUGAUGACUUAUCACAAUAUUAUCACAACAGUAUGUAUCGUCACUCCCACCUACAAAGAUGAUCUUUUAAAUGAUUGCUUAUAGUGUACCACAUGUUUUGGUCUUUGGUCAGGAACUGAUUUCAGUGUGACAAUGUUAUCAUGUAAAUUGUUAUUAUGUUAAUGACAGUUUAUCACCAAUAAGUAGAGCCUAUAGAUAAUCUAACUCUGUGGUGGGAGUAUCAGCAGAAAAUAUCAUAAUGGCCUCGGUGCUCAUCACAUUUUAAUACAUUGAUGUCCUGUGUAUGAUAUGAGUAAAGUCUUCAUAUUGGAGGUUAUUAAUUAUGAUAUUAGGAUGUAUAACAUAGACCCAUUGUGCUGCAGAAAUUACAGGGGAGUGUCUGGGUAGUUUUUCUACCUUCUACCUACAAAGUACAAAGUGGGUCAAAGUUGAUAUUAUGUUGUUCUCAGGCUGUCCCUUUGAUCCCCUGUGGUGGCUGACUGUCUGUAUGUUCCUCUCCUCUCCCACCACCAGGUGAUCAAAGCUGGGGUAGAGACUACCUGCAAAUGCCACGGUGUCUCAGGCUCCUGCACCGUCCAGACAUGCUGGAGGCAGCUCUCGCCCUUCCAUGAGAUCGGCAAGCAGCUGAAACAGCGCUACGAGACCUCUCUGAAGGUGGGCAGCUCCACCAACGAGGCCACAGGGGAGGGGGAAAUCUCCCAGGCCCGGCCCCAGCAGCAGCAGCCCCCACCGGGCCCCAACAACGACCCAAUCCCACGCACCAUGGACCUUCUCCACAUCGAGGACUCACCCAGCUUCUGCCGGCCCAGCAAGUACUCGCCGGGCACCUCGGCCAGGAAGUGCUACAAGGACAAGAACUGCGACGCCAUCUGCUGUGGCAGGGGCCACAAUACCCAGAGCCGCGUGGUGACCCGGCCAUGCCAGUGUCAGGUGCGCUGGUGCUGCUAUGUGGAAUGCAAGCAGUGUACACAGAGAGAGGAGGUCUACACCUGUAAAGGGUAG